UGGUCCUUGGCUUAUGCUUGGUUGAUUGUGCUUGCAGAAAAAAUAUGCAUGUUGGUUCAGGGUUUCCAAUGGUGUGAAUGAUUGCUUCAUCCUUUUGAUACCAUUGCCCCUCAGAGCAGUACCGGGUACAUAAAAUGACACCUUUACUGGAUUACUGCACCACUGGUCCACUUCUGCUUCACCGUUUUUGGUGAAUUGGAAUUGGAAUUGGCUCCCCGGCCCUCCCAAAAUGUUGCAUGACCCUUUUGUAUUUCCUUGCGUUGCACUCUAACAAUUAACUACAGUAUAGGUCUGAUGAAAGAGCAAUACUCUGGCUGUAUAACGAUAAAGUGGACUUGCACUUGCAGCUUACAGAGUACCACUGAAGAACUGAGUCAUAACAUGCCUAGCCAAAUUUCAUGAAGGUAUGGUAAUGACCUUGACAAUUACAGUAGUUGUCAUAUUACGCAGCCAACUCAUACUGGAGACCUUAUCUACCAGUGUGCAGCUGUGAUAUCAUCCGGAUCUAGCUGUAUGAUACGGGAACGUUAUCGCAGGUUUUAUUAAUUCCCUCGUCCCGUUUCCUCAAUAUUGACAUUCCCACCUCCUACCAUGCCUUCACCAGUAAAUAUUGCCCACCGAGUUGGGCGAAGAUCUCUAUUGAUGAUCGCUUGGUAUUCAUAGCAUGAGCUGGCGAUUUGUUAUUGGACAAAUUGUCCGCGAGCAAUUGGUAUAUUAGAGUGAUAAACGAGUGGUGGAUGUGAUGGAGUCUGCCUCUAGAAUAAAAAAACACUUGUCGCUAUCGCAGCAGUGAUUUCGAUUCGCAUAGCAUCCUACUAAUACUAUCUUUCAUGUACUGUACAUGUCUUUGCAUCAUGCAGCUUGUAAAAUGCAUGAAAUCUACUUCCUACAAUACAACAUUCAUUCCCAAUUCAUUCAAUGUGUGUAUGUUUUUCAGGAGACGUCCUCGGGGUAAGUCGACGCAAUGGGAUGAAAUGAACAUAAUCGCCACGCUACAUCCAGCGGACAAAGACUACGGUCAUAUGAAAAUCGAAGAACCUAAAACUCCUUAUAGUAACUAUAAAGACCCUGAGGACGAAGGUGGAGAACGGCGACGAAGUAUAGAGUGUAUUAGUGAUACUGAUGAUAAAGAAACGUUAGACACAGAUAGUGUUUUAAAAAGAUUACAAGAAAAAAAAGAUGUGCGUGUACCUCCUCAAAGAGAUGAAGAAGAAGAAGACAUGGAUGAUGAUGACAAUGAUGACCUAACACCAGAAGAAAAAGAACACAGGAAGGCAUUUAGAGACAAACGAAAGAUCCAUUAUAAUGAAUUUUACGCCAAACAGUUAGCAAAACAAUUAAUGGAACAAGACGACGACGAUGAUGAUGAUGACGAGAAAUGAUGGGCACAUGUCAAUUGAGCUGGAAAUAGACUUGACCCGGUCACCAAGUGAAAUAUCGUGCUGUAAUUAUAUUUGAUCAUGUGAGACUUGUUGAGGGAGCUAUGCUGAUGUGCCUGCUGUUGCAAAGUACCUGCUAUCUUGGGAAUAGAAUUCCCAAUCUGCUUGAGCUUGCCCUGAUGAAACCGGAUUGUUACUGGGACAGUGAGUUGCAAAUGAACAAUCUGCUUCAAGCUUCCCUGAUGAAACCAGAUUGUUGCUGGGACAACUUGUGGGUAGCCCUUGCCAUUUCCCAAGGGUGUUUUGCUCCUUGACUAAAAUGGGAGGAUUACAGUCCAUCGAGAAAUGUACAUAUCAGGAUGUGAUACCAAAUGGAUUUGUGAUCUCAAAUUAGUUUAAAAGGGUUGCAUGCCAAAAAGCUUGUAUUGUUUUGACUCUAGUUCCAUAUAGCCUUGUCACUUUUUCACCAUUUUAGCCAGUUCUCACUAUCAUCUGUGGUGGCGCACACAUCCAAAACUCAGCUGAGGAGUUUAAACAAAACAGCAGUUCAGACUGCUUUGGCUUCCAUACCAAUUGUAUUACUUAUCUCGAUCUUGUCUUAAACAGAGCUGACCAUUAUUUGUGUCUUGGUCUUGUUGUGCUUCACAUGAGAUGUGACAUAUAAUGUAGACUGUGAAGUUGACAAAAUUUGCUCCAUUCUUAUUUUCGAGCUAUUGUAUAAGAAGGAACAACCAGUAGCCAAACCAGGUGACUUUUUUUUCGUGACAUACUGUACUGUAGAGUUGUUGUAUGAAGAAUGUGCUAGACGGUUUCAGUCAAAGAUUGUUACAUGUUAUAAAUAUUGCUGUUGAUUGUUUUUCUCUCGGUUGGCGCAUUUAAUUAUCAUGAAACCAUAAUCUUGGAGCACUAAAAGCUUUUCUGAAUGUUGUAGUUAAGCAAGAUUUUAUUAAUUUUCUAGCUUUUAAGUAGAAAAACACAAUUUUUAGUGUGACAACGCCAGAGUGUGAUUUAGAGGUAGUUUCUUGAUUUGAAUGCUCAGUACUCUCACUCACAAUCUGUUUUGUCAAUGUUCAUGUGUAAAACUUUUUCACACCAUAAGUUCUCAAGCUUGUUGACCCAAUGCAUUACUAUUCAGUGGCAGUUUGGGGGGGAGCAGGGUAUUUUCUAUGGCGUGACUUUCUUCCAAGUGUUAGGCAUUGUCCUGUGGGGUGAUAGUGACAAGAUAAGUCUAUUCUCAUUCUAAAACCUGUUGGCCUCAAAAUGAGAAAGUCAGACAUUAUUUGUACAGUUCUUGAUCUUUUCUAUGUUUUGUGUUGUACAGUUGCGUGCCAUUUUGAUCGAAUAUUUAGAUUACUUAUGCAAUUUUCAUGUGUUUGCAUAAUAAAGUAUAAAUCAUGAAUAUUAGCAAAAAAUCAGGGUUAAAGGUACUUAAACUAGAAACAGUGCUGUCAAUGCUGUUUGGUCUUUGUGUUCUGUCAAUUUUGACUGUUUCAUCAGAGCAAAUGUAUGGUUUUUCUUUUGUGGGCAAGUGUCAUCGGGCAUAUAGUUCUCCUACUAUGUAAUGAAAUUUUGCUCUAUGAUAUAUUUGUCGUUGUGGAAAAGAUUUGAAGAUCUCACUAUGAACACAAAAGGUGGUAUGCACAGGUGAUAUACACAGCUGAACUGUGUUGCAAUAUGAAUGGCCUGAUGAAAAAUAAUUCAGAAUAAACUACAAAGAUAAAAUCAAACUAACACUAACAGAUGGUGACUAUACUCAGGUAAGUUCACAAUAGGUUCUCUGAUGGGUAAUAUAAGGGCAUGAUUCUGCUUCUGGAAAAUGAAAUUAUGAUACGUCAAAUUAGCCAUAUUCAUGACAAUCGAAACGAAUUUCAUUGUAAGAAUGGGGAUACAAACUUUCAAAUUUACAUGCCUGGAUUAUGUAUUGACAUUUUUGAGGGAGAACUGUGGUUCAGAUAGAAUCUCCUAGCAUACCUGCGCUUGUUUCUAAGUGUUUGAUUUCCCUGGAAGCUAAUUUUGAAACUGCAGAAUUAAAUGGUUCCAUUGCAAGAUGGUUAACUCGAUGUUUAAUAGCAGCAGAGCUGUAAUCUUUUUUCAUCUGACAAUAUCUCUAAUGUUAUAGACUAGAAAUGGGAUAUUGUGAGGGAAAAUGAUUCGGGAGAAAAUUACAAAACAUACUAAUAAAAGUACAAAAAUAAGGCUAUAAA